AUGGCGAAGCAAGUUUGUAAGAAGUUCACUUGGCUGAUAAAUGACUUCAACACUUUACAAACUGAUAUCCAUUACUCUGCUCCAAUCCUGAUUGGUGACGAUUUGCAUCUCUGGUUUGAUCAGAAGAAAUUGGGCUUCGUAUUUUCAACAAAUGUUUCUCUUACCAAACUCCUUGACGAAAAGGAAGAGUUUCAAGUAGAUGGAAAACUCAUGAUUGUUGCUGAGGUAGAAGUUCAUCAAGUUAUUGGCACAUAUGAUUGCUCAGAAGAAUCUCAAUGUGCAUAUGAAUCUCAAGACAGCAUCGAUGUCAAUGGGUUUCAGGUUCUUCCGUCACAGGUCAAAAUUGUGAGUUGUAUUUUUGAGAGACACCCAGACAUUGCAGUAGGGUUCCGUUCAAAGAACCAACUUCUCAGGAAAACAUCUAUGAAUUUCCUACUCAACUUAAUCAAAACGCUAUGCCAAUCUCUUCAGGACCUCUCCACUGAAGAUCUUGAGGAUACAGACAUUGCUCUGACAUACUUGAAAGAUGUUGGCUUUGAAGUGGACUGGUUGGAGUGGAUACUAGAUGACGUAAAAGAAAAGAAGGAUAAAGAACAGUCUAGUUUGGUAAGGCUACGAGAAAUGAAUGAUAGUUUACUGAAACUGAAACAAAAAUGUUCUAAACUUGAUGCUUUGGCCAAAAAGGAUGAGGCAGAGUUGUCGGCCACCAGAACCCCUCUCUCAUUCUAUGAUGUUGUUUGA